CCACAACGGACGCGACGGAAAGGCGGAGUGGUUGGAUGGCCCGCGGGAUCUCAAAUCGCACGGUGCCGCUGGACCAGCGUGGCUCGUCCAGCAUGAGCGGCCGGCAGAUCCACGCGCUGCGCGCCUUUGACGUCGACGCGCCCCGCGCGCUCUCCGCAACCACCGAGCCGUUUGCGCCGAAUCGCGUCGAGACAUCGCUUUACACGCCGUACAACUUUGUGGUCAAGAACCUCUUCAAGCAGUUUUCACGCUUUGCUAACCUCUACUUUCUCUUCAUUACGAUCCUCCAGAUCGUGCCGCAGGUCACACUCUCAAGCGGCAUCCCCACGACCAUCGUGCCGCUCCUCUUUGUGCUUAUCAUCAACGCGAUCAAAGAUCUGAUUGAAGAUGUCCACCGCCACAACGCCGACCGCAUCCAGAACAGCUCCAUGACGCACGAACUCAACGUUGUCUCGAUGACGUUUGAAGCGGUCAAGUGGGAGGCCAUUCGCGUCGGCAGCAUCGUGCGCGUUACCCAAGGCGAAGUGAUUCCGUCCGAUAUGAUUCUCCUGGGCACGAGCAGCCCGAUUGGACAGUGCUUUACGAUGACUGCCAAUUUGGACGGCGAGACAAACCUCAAGAUACGCUGGGUCCCCCCCGAGUUCAGGGGCCUUGAGAAAGAUCUUUGCGGCCCCUCGCCGUCGACACCAGCGCUCUGGCAUCUCAUCCAUGGCGCCAAAGUUGAAGUUGAAGUUCCGAAUCGACGUCUCGACCGCUUCAAGGGCACGGUGAUGCCGAAAGCCACCGAUGCCAAGAUUAGCCUCGGCAUCUCCAACCUCCUUCUUCGCGGCGUCUUGCUACGUGAUACGGAGUGGGUUAUCGGUCUCACGAUUUACACGGGCGCCGACACCAAGAUCCAGCAAAACUCAGGGGAAACACCGUUCAAGUCGAGCACGCUCUCGUCGCUGACGAACCGCAUGACGCUGCACAUCGUCGUUUUGCAGCUCGUGCUCUUAGUCAUCGCUGUGUGCGUGCAGAGCGCGACGUGGACGUCGCCACCGUAUCUGCAGCUCUCGGGCGGCACGUCGGUGCUCGACUCGUUUUACCUCUUCCUGACCUACAUGCUGCUCUUCUCCAACUUUGUGCCGAUUUCGCUUCAAGUGACGGUCGAUAUCACGCGCUUCUUCCAAGCGCUCGUGCUGCAGCGUGACGCCGGCAUGAUGUAUGGCGACGUGGGUCUCACGGUCCACUCGUCCGACUUGAACGAAGAUCUUGGCGCGAUCCAACAUAUCUUUACCGACAAGACAGGGACGCUCACGUGCAACAACAUGCAGUUUCGCCGGUGCGCGAUCGAUGGUGUUAGCUACGGCUCCAACGACCCGCAGCUGGACGCUUCUCUCUCGCCGCGCACCAGCUCGUGCGCCAAACCGAGCCCUCGCACGUCGUCUCUCUUCCACAACUACCGCACCAAAGCGCAGCCAACACUUUCUGACGAGAUCUCGCCGCGCCAGUCGGGCAUGCACGUCAACAUCCACGACAAGGCACUCCGGCGCAAGAUGCAAGAGGAGCACGACCCACGCGCGAUCGCAUUCUUCACAAACCUGGCCGUCAACAGCGCUGUCGUGCCCGUGAUCGACGCUGCGUCCGGUGAAAUUGUCUACUCGUCCAUCUCGCCCGACGAAGAGGCGCUCGUGAGCGCCGCCAAGCACUUUGGCAUCGUGCUUCUGGCCCACGAUACGACAAGCGUCCGCAUCCAGCGCUUUGGCCACGACGUGCUCUUUGAGGUGCUCCACGUGUUUGAGUUUUCGAGCGAGCGCAAGAAGAGCUCGAUCGUCGUGCGCGAAGAGGGGUCGUCGACGCUUCUUUUGCUGUGCAAAGGCGCCGACUCGGUCGUGCUUCCCGCGCUGUCGCCCGCGUCCGCCGUUGAAGAGAGCGCGCGGGCAGCGAUGAAGUUGCACCUCUCGACCUACGCCGUUGAGGGCCUCCGCGUGCUCUGUGUUGCGCAGCGAGUGCUGCCCCAGGACGUGUACCAGAUUUGGCACGACAAGUUCCAAGCGGCCAAGACGUCGUCCGAGUGUUCGGACGAAGACCUCGACCCGAUCAUCGCCGAGAUUGAAACCAAUUUGGAUCUGGUGGGCAUCACCGGCAUCGAAGACCGGCUGCAGGACGGUGUGCCCGACGCGCUCGAGUGCUUUCGCCAAGCGCGCAUCAAAGUGUGGAUGCUCACGGGGGACCGACCGGACACGGCCGUCAACAUUGGGCAUGCAACCCGGCUACUUUCGUCCGAUAUGAAGCUCUUUCAAAUCUCUUCGAAAGAGCUCGAUGCGUCCGAGCGGCCGCCGACCGAAACGAUCAGCGACUUGUUUCAGAGCAUGCUAGCGGCGGCCUCGUCGCAGGAGCUCGCGCUGCUCAUGGACGACGUGGCGCUCGAGCUCAUCGUUGCCCACGAAGUGCUGCAAAAAGAAAUGAUCGCCGCCUCCAAGCGCUGCAUCAGCGUGCUCUGCUGCCGCGUCUCGCCCAAGCAAAAGGAGUUCAUUGUCGAUCUGGUCCGGCGCAAGACGGGCGUCAUCACACUCGCGAUCGGCGACGGUGCAAACGAUGUGCCCAUGAUCCAGCGGGCGCAUGUUGGCAUUGGUAUCUCGGGCGCCGAAGGCCAGCAGGCGGCCAACGCCAGCGACUAUGCGAUUCCUCAGUUCCAGUGCCUCAAGCGCCUCCUCCUCGUCCACGGCCGCUGGAUCAACCGGCGCAUGGCGAUUCUGACGCUCUACAUGUUUUACAAAAACGUGCUGCUCGUCUUGCCGCAGUUCUUCUUUGGCAUCUACUGUCUCUUCUCGGGCCAAUCGACGUACUACGACCCGCUCUACCAGCUCUUCAACGUGUGGUACACGGCGCUUCCGAUCCUGCUCUUUAGCGUGUACGACCAAGACGUGAGCGCGGGCACGUCCCUCGCCUUCCCCACGCUCUACUCGAGUCAGUCCUUCGUGAGCAUUCGGCUCUUCUGGAUAUGGAUCGGCGAUGCGUCCUUCUCGUCGCUCGUUGUGCUCUUCGUGCACGUCGGCGCGUUCAUGUAUGGCCCCAUGGCCGCGUCAAGCGGGGACGAAGGACUCUGGGACCUUGGCUUUGUCAUGAACGGUAUCGUGGUGCUCAUCGCCAACCUUCGACUCGCACUCGAAGUCAAGUGCUGGUUUUGGGGUACGCUCGGCGGCUUUGUCUUCAGCUUCUUCUUGUACGUAAGCUCGGCAUACGUCUUUUCCAGCCUCGUGUCGUUUGGCGCCAAUUUUUACGGCGUCGUGUGGCUUGUGCCGAAUUUAACCAACGGCCUCUUGGCGGUGCUGGCGUGCGCGCUCUGUCUCUUUGGCGUCUUUGCAGCGAAAGCGUACGUGACGACGUUCAGCCCGCGCCCGUCCGACAUUUGCCACGAAAUGGACGUCUGCCGCAUACGCGGCGUCGUGCCCGUUCGAACCCGCGCCCCCGACAGCUCCAAUGUCCCGUCCUAGUCCCAUUUGACCAAAGACUCUAACUUAUUCGCUGUGAAAUUCGUGAUCGUUUCCUAGAA